CUUCUAAUUCGGUUAUAUGUCAACAACAAUGUCGCACCAUCCUCAUAACCAGGGUCAUAUUCAGAGCCACCAAAGACCAAUCCAACAGGAUUGGGCUAACCGAGAGUACAUAGAGGUCAUCACUGGAAGCAUCAAGAAGAUUUCCGACUUCCUCAACUCCUUUGAUACAUCCUGCAGGUCAAGACUUGCAACACUAAAUGAAAAGCUGACCCAUUUAGAGAGAAGAGUGGAAUAUAUCGAGGCCAGGGUCACAAAGGGCGAAACACUGACCUAAAGAGAAACAUAAAUGGAAGUCAGAAAAAUGUGAAUGAGGAAUGAAUGCAGCCAGCAUAGAGAAAAAGAACUAGACCCAUCAAGGAUACAACCCAUUAUCCUCCUUAAUGGGAUUAGAGAUUGUGUGAAUGUACUAAAUAGCUUGUAUCUUUGUGUAUAUUUGUAGUAACUGUACUGCCAUACGUUUUUGUACUUGUACAAUUCAGAAGUGAGUUGUAGUUGAAUCCUGCAUAUAAAACACAUUUACCAUAAUAAUAUAUUUUACAAUGUUUUAUUUGUAUAUUACACUUUAGCUUGUUAAGUGUAAAAUGAAAUAAAAAUUAAUUAAUAUCAAGAAG